AUGGUCGGUGUGCCUCGCAGCAGUGGCUGUCGACUCUGUGUAAAGCGCCGGGUCAAGUGUGAUGAACGUGCUCCAGGGUGUGCAAAGUGUGAGACAUAUGGUCAACCAUGCCCUGGAUAUGACAAGGGCUUCAAAUUUAUCGCUGGGAAGCCUUACCGAACUCGGCGGCGCCCCCUUGGGAUUAACAAUGCAAGACCCAAUGCCAGUCCCAGCUCGUCUAGCUCAAGCCCCACCAUAGGGGAGUCUAGACCAGAGACCCAAGUGUUGGUCCAAAGGGAGAUUCCGCCUACUUUGGUCUCGGUUGAUGUGAAUGUCUUACAGAGCAUAGGAGCUCUUAUUGAGGAUUUCUCAUCCCCACGUGUUUUGAAGGCCCCUAAUUAUGUAAUGUCCAGCUGGUUCGAACUCCUUCCGUCCAUUUAUGGGGAGAGCCGAGCAUUGGAUGCAACAAUUAAGUCAUUCGCAGCGCAUCAUUUUGGUCGGGGCUUUCAAAACCAGGAAAUGAUCAUAUAUGCUCGUUCCGCUUACGGCGAAGCAUUGCACUGGCUCCGUAAGGCUUUGAUGAACCCUUCAGAAUCGCUUUCUUCGAAUAUAUUUUGUGCCGUUGUGUUGUUGUGCAUGUACGAGCUCUUUACGGAUACUGAGGAUCCGGAGUCGUGGAUGAAGCACGCAAAGGGACUUGGUCAAUUAGUGAAAGCUAGAGGACCAGAACGUUACUGCAACCAGCUUGAUAUCUCCUUGUUGAAGUCUGCACGGGGCCUGAUAGUCAUGCACUCGAUGUUCGCAGGCGAAGAUUGCUUCUUGGCCUCUGAUGAAUGGCAUCACAUGAUGAGACAGCAGCAUCUGGCUACGUUGCCUUUGGAUUAUCACAACUGCAUCGAGGACUUCUUUGCCUACUUCACUCAUUCUCCACGCAUCGUACACAAUCUUUACAGUUUGAGAGAGAAAAACCACUCGGAUCCUGAAAUUCUACAGGAGAUAUCACAGGCUUUGACUCAAGUACUGGACAUGCAAAGCAAAAUGACUUCCUGGUACGAGAAGUGGUCUCGAAUCUCCUCUCCUCCGGUUGAGAUUCCCUCUACGACGGGCGACCCUUUAUACCCCAAUAUUCUGACCUAUGCGGACUUACUUGAUGCAUCGAUCUAUUGCGGCUACUAUGCUUACAUGAUCAUUAUUCACGAAGCCUUGAGAGCGUUUGGGUACCCAGGUCGCCAAGAGACCAUAGUCUCUUACUUUCGCGAUCAAAUAUGCAAGUCGAUUGAAUACACUGCAUUUGGUGUACUAGGCCCCUAUCGAAUUGGAUUCCCCGUGCGGGUUGCGAUUGAGACUGCAGACGACGUGACAAGAUCGUGGCUUCUAAGUCGCCUGCAAGAGUUUUCAAAGAUCUACGCCGCAGCCAAACCAGAGAAUUACAAGCCAAUUGCAAAUGCAUAA